AGCUUCCGCGAGGAGCGGUUUGGCAAACCCUCUUCCUACUAUGUGCGGUGCUUUUCAUAAAUGAGGUCCGUUCGGAAGGCAGAGUUGUUUGCUACUACACAAAUUGGAGUGUCUACAGACCGGGUACAGCGAAAUUCAAUCCGCAGAAUAUUAAUCCAUAUUUAUGUACACAUUUGGUGUACGCUUUUGGUGGAUUCACAAAGGACAAUCAGAUGAAACCGUUCGACAAAUACCAGGACAUAGAACAGGGCGGCUAUGCCAAAUUCACGGGGCUUAAAACAUACAACAAGCAAUUGAAAACAAUGAUUGCCAUCGGCGGUUGGAAUGAGGCCUCAUCACGUUUUUCUCCGCUUAUGGCGAAUCCAGAGAGACGGCAAAAAUUUAUUAAGAACAUUUUGAAAUUCCUGCGUCAGAACCACUUCGAUGGCAUCGAUUUGGAUUGGGAGUAUCCGGCACAGCGUGAGGGUGGUAAGGAGCGCGACCGGGAUAAUUAUGCACAGUUUGUGCAAGAGUUGCGCGCUGAAUUCGAACGUGAGGCGGAGAAGACCGGACGGCCACGUCUGCUGUUGACAAUGGCCGUACCAGCAGGUAUUGAGAACAUCGAAAAGGGUUACGACAUACCAAAACUGAACAAGUACCUUGACUGGUUCAAUGUGCUCUCGUAUGAUUUUCAUUCAUCGCACGAGCCAUCAGCUAAUCAUCAUGCUCCAUUGUACUCGCUGGAGGAAGAGUCCGAGUACAAUUAUGAUGCAGAGUUGAAUAUUGACUAUUCCAUCAAAUAUUAUUUGAAAGCCGGUGCUGACCGCGACAAAUUGGUGUUGGGCAUACCCACAUAUGGACGUUCAUACACACUCAUCAAUGAGGAGAGCACAGAAAUUGGAGCACCAUCGGAGGGGCCAGGUGAACAGGGUGAUGCCACACGCGAAAAGGGAUAUUUGGCUUACUAUGAGAUAUGCCAAAAUCUAAAAGAGGACCCAGAGUGGACUGUCGUGCAACCAAAUCCGAAUGCAAUGGGUCCAUACGCCUACAGACGCAACCAAUGGGUUGGUUAUGACGAUGAAGCCAUUGUACGUAAGAAAGCUCAAUACGUCGUCGAGCACGGUUUAGGUGGUAUAAUGUUUUGGGCCAUAGACAACGAUGAUUUCCGAGGUACUUGCUCCGGCAAACCAUACCCGCUCAUAGAGGCUGCCAAGGAAUCCAUGUUAGAGAGCUUGGGACUUGGUAUUAACGAGGUCGCUAAACCAAAUGCCCCCAAAAAGCCUUCACGGUCACGUAGUCGUGAAAACUCAUCUUCGAAGCUGAAUCGAAUUGGUGGCAGCAGCGAGGGUAAAGGCUCUUCGGGUCGGGUAACUUUGAGUAGUGGACGUCGUCGCGUGCAAUCCUCACCCUCUACGACAACAACGCGUGAGCCCGAGACAACGAUACGACUGACAAAUCCUGAGGGUUCUUCGUUGUAUAUUGGUGGCCGUGUAACGACGCCAGCUCCACCAACUACGCCUGAUCCCGGAACUGAUUUCAAAUGUGAAGAGGAAGGGUUCUUCCAACAUCCACGCGAUUGUAAGAAAUAUUAUUGGUGCUUGGACAGCGGCCCGUCGGGAUUGGGUAUUGUGGGUCACAUGUUUACUUGUCCAUCGGGCUUGUACUUUAAUCCCGCAGCUGAUUCGUGCGAUUUUGCUCGCAAUGUGCCCUGCAAAAUCAAAAAAACUACCACUGCAGCGCCUAUCAGCAGUACUACUACAACAACCACCACACCCCGCCCCACAGCUUCCAUCAAUCGCAUCUCGGCUGCCACUUCGCGUACAUCAUUUUUCAGAACUACCACCCCAACUACAACUACUCCAACACCAAUCGAAUAUGAAGAUGAAGAGGAGGAGAUAGAGGAAGAUGUGCCAACACACUUUAAAGACAGGGAAGCCGAAGAAGACCCACAGGUCAUAAAAGAACUCAUUGAGCUAAUUCGCAAAGUCGGUGGCAUUGAGGAGUUGGAAAAACAUUUGCUACGCAAAGAUGAUGGCACGAUAUCAAUUAAAAGUAGCUCCAGUGAGUCAAAUGCGGCCACUACUCAAUCACCUAUUAGCAAAAGUCUGUACGAUAAAGUGCUCAGCAAACCCAAUUCAUACAACUCGAUCCGUAAUCGUUUCACUUCGUCGUCACUAUUUCGAAAAUCUAGUCAAGCCAACACUGAGCAAACAGCGAACUCCAAAUUUGAAAGCGAUGAGUCGCAAGUUAAUGAAGGAAGCAUCAGCAGUGGAUUCUCCAAAUACUCCUCGGUAGUGCGUGGUAACAGUAGACAGGGUCCCCAAAAUGAGGGUCUAGAUAAAUUGUCUGAAUUCGAUGGCUUCUUGAAAGAAAAAAAGCAAUAUGUUACAAUUAAUAGAAAUAGAGGCUCUCUUAGAGGGCAGGAGGAUGAAGAUGACGUGGAAGAAAAACAGGUUACAGAGCACCAAAGCGAAGAUGAUGAAGAGGUGGAGUUGAAGAGUAGGGCUAAGACUACAAGGCGACCAACGAAUACGGUGACUCCCUCUUACGCUAGCAUACGACGUGCACGACCAUCGACUGUUCGAACGGAAACAGAGGAGGAAGCUGUCAGCGAUGAAGAAGUAAAAACCUCAAAGGAAAACGAAGAAAAACGAGCAUAUACUUCUUUGAAUCGGAAUCGUGGCAGGUACACAUCUACUGAAAGCAGUCAAAAAGCUGAAGAAGUUAUAACUAAUGCAAAUAGGUAUAAAUAUCUGGAACGUCCACGACCACAAAACAGGCUUAAGACAACUUUCACCAGCCAAGAUGAGGAAAGCUUAUCCGGAGACGAUGAGGAGGAUCAAGAGGAAGAACAAAAUGUAACGGUACAAUUAAAUCGGGCAGCAAUUGAUUCCACACAAAAAUCAACACAAAGCACAACACGCAUCUAUGCGAGUAUAGGUCGUCGUACAACCACUACAACAACAGAGACUCCAACCACCCAAGAAACUCCAACCAGAUACAAUUUAUUAGAAAACACAUUUAACAACGAAACACCUGAACCAAUUUUACCAAAUACUACCACUGCCACAACAGCAAAUGACUCACCCACCCUAUCCAUAACCAUUAAAAAUACUAAUCCCGAAAUCAUUUCCACUGUCACCACAUCCACAUCCAGUCCUACCAUUUCUACAACAAAUGCUUCCGCCACCACAAUAACAUCAACCACAUCAAAUGAUAAUGAACUAGUCGAUGCCCUACCCACAAUUACCACUCUCCCUCCAACCUUUGAGCAUGAAUCGAAGCAACCCUUAGACCUUUCGCUUGAUGUGAAUUCCCUUAUUGAAAAAACCGCCUCCACUGCAAAUCCAACGACUGCAAGUGCAACCGAAAAACUGCAAACAGAAGGCGCUGAGACAACAACUGCUAGAACAACUACAACUACCGAAACAUUGACAAGCACCGCCACCACCACAACCGCCACUGACACUGACCAACCCCCCACCGCCGACGAGGUAACGAAUUUAAGCAAUAAUCGCCUAAAGACACAAUAUAAAUUUACAACAAGAACACGUAAUGUAACAAAAUCAACAACUACAACUGCAAACACUGACACAGACCUAGAUAAUGAGAAUCAUAUUAACAGAAAAAACAACAACAACAACAAAAUUUUAAGUGAAACAAAGAAAACUAGUCUUAAUACUGGUAGUAAUAGUAGUACGGAUGAUAAGUUUAAUAGUAGUGUUAGAGGUAAUACCGUUAAAUACUCUGGUGGUAGAAGACAACAACAAUUAAACGAGUUACUAACUCGCAAAAAUCAAAUCCAAAAUCAACAGACGGAUUCCUCCAACAUCAUAACUACUACCGAAUCAGCACCCACUAAUGAGUUCCUGGGAACUGUAUCUAGCCCUAGACCUUUCGGUUUCCCAAGGCGUCGUACGCGCCCGAAUAACUCCAAUCCAACAAACACCGAAGAUACAAAAUCCAUCACUGAAAGUAUAGAAGAUGAACAAAGCGUAGCAAAAACGAGGUUAUCAACAACAAUUGCCUCCAAAACCAAGAAAUAUCAAUUCAACCGCUCACGAUUCUCAACUACUACAACAACUACUAUAGCUCCAACCACGAUAAAAACAUCUUCUAGCUUAUUCCCGCCCAAACAAUUAUACCAGCCAAACAAAAAUAGAGCAGCAACAACAGCAAAUCAGGUAAAUGCGUUAGUAGAUGAUGAAGAUGAUGAUGAUGAAGAUGGAGAUAAUGACAAUGAUGAAGAAGAUGAAGAUGAAGACAGCACAACCACAACCACCGAAAGCACUCUGAGCUUUAGUCCAGCUCCCACACUGAAACGGAUACGGGUCUUGAAAUACCGUCGUCCAAUUGGCGGCUCAAGUACAUUUAGUAAUGCUACUUUAGUUAAUACUAGUGUUAGUGAUAGUAGUAAUUUCACAUUUUCUAGUGUUACUAAUACUACCAACACAGUCAGUCAAGGCUUAGAUACUCUCAACUCGCUUAGCCAAAAAGUAGGACGUACCAGGUUAGAACUUUUAAAUUCCCAAGACUCAAAUACAAAUGAAACUCAAAGCGAAAGUCCGGUAACUACGGAAACUAAACCCACUAAACGGUUCCGCAAAGUUAUACGCAAGUUAAUACGGCCAGUAAAUCGCACGAUUGAUUCAACUCUGACAAACGAAACUAAAUCAGACGACGCCCAAUCGGAAGCAUCCCUUGCAGGACAAUCGCGUUUUAAUGCAACCCGUUACGGCUUAGGGCGAGAAGGUGUGGAAAAUACAUCAGAAAUCUCUUCCGAAAACUCUACUUCCAGCGACAGUAACCUUAAUAGCACAAGAACUAUUUUAUUUGGCAGAAGCAAUCGAGCUCGUUUCGGUAACCGAGUUACAUCGAGCAACAUAGAAAAAUCGUCAGAAAAUGAUGAUGGUGUCUUUGAAGCAGACAGUCAGACAGAAACUGAAGAGGAUAGUCAAAAUGUAACAGCAAAUCCUCCACCAAAUGUCUUUAUACGAGCAAAAGCUAACGGCUCUAGUUCAAGUGGCAUAAUUUUACCUUCACGACGACCAUUUGUAUUGACGCGCGUAAGUAGCCGAACGAAAGCGCCCACAGAGGACGUAGAUGUUGACGAUGAAAACGAGAAUGAAGAUGAAGAUGAAGGUGUAGACACUAAUGCAGGCGAAGAAGGUGAUGAGGUGCAGGAAACAUCGACACCGGCAGUAGAGCAAUAUACUGGUAUUCCACGCAAUCGCCUAACUAAACUCACAUUCACACGUAACAAUCUUACAAAGAGUGCUGAGACUAAUAUCGGUGAGACAGCAAUUCAAGAAGAACAAAGACCAGUUGUUGCAACUACCCGUCUCAGAAAAUUACUGCCUGAUGUCACAACAGAAACUAUAAUAACAACCAAUGAACUAGAAGAAAGUGAUGAUAGAAAAUCCAGUAAUGCUACACAAGCGAAAACCGCAUUACCCAGGCGUCCAUUCGGUCUGGCCUCUCGGACAAAACCAACACAAAACGAAAGUGGAAAGGAAACUGAAGAAGACGAAAAUACAGAUGUAACAACGGCACGUACUCCUCUUUCUCGUCCUACUUUCCGUAGAAAAUUGGUCGCUAGACGCCCGUACACUCCACCAAAAGUGUCUGGUAUCACGAUUUCAACAACAAUUCCAACAUCACCGAAGCCAAGAAGAAAGUUUGUACGGCGCAAAUUCGGACGUUUCCACCCUUUCAAUGCCGUUAAUCGCAAUACCGGUGAGGGCUUUGUGCGUACAGAUCCACGAAGUCAAUUACUGCCAGAAACAAAACGCUUCCGAGUUGAGAACGGCAAGCGGGUGCCCAUACCGAACGGUGAGACUUUAAGCGAAGAUGAAGAAUACGAAGAAUAUGAAGAUGAGAGUGAAGAGGAGGAAGAGAAAGAGUCGAAUACUGCCACAGAUCAAAAUAAAUCCCAAAUACCAGUUGUAACAUUAAGACCAGUUACACGCCCCUCAAGCUUAUUCAAUAGACCACCAACCACGCUAUUAAAAACGAUUAAAACAAAUGAAGAAGAAAUCGAGGAAGACAAUGAAGAAAUCGAAGGUGGGGAUGAAGAUGAAGAAGAAGAUGAAGACGACGAGGAAGGAGAAGGAGAAGAAGAAGAAACACAUGCAUUAGACGAUGGCACAAACCAAACAACACCCAAGUUAAACACACCUGCACUCCGAACUAAAGAUAAUCGUGUCCCACCAGGUUCAAGGCCAGCUCUACCUGCAUCCUCUACACAGACUUCAGGUAAUGUGCCUUUUAACGGCAGAGGACGUCAGCCCUCCUCGGGUUCUAGUCGCUUUGGCACAAGCACGUCCGGCAAUCGUUUCGGCUCAUCUCCGCCCAAUAAUACACGCGCCACAAAUAGACCGCGCAUUGUGAAUCUGCCACAGGGUGUGGUACCACCAAAUCUGCCACUUAAACCAAUUGCUACCUCUUUCGAACGCACUACGCCGGUAAUUCCAACUAAACCGGCACCAUUUAUACCAACCAACACACGCUCAUAUGAGCGUAGAUACACAGCCACAUCCACAGAGACACCGGAAAAUUAUAGCGAUAACUCACUUAUUGAAGAUUUAAAUAUUGAAGCACUAAAUGCACGCAAUAAAAAGAUAUUCGAUAUCAACAGCAAAAAACACACCACCCUUAAACCGAAAAUUGUCAUAUCAGGUGGCAACCAAACACCAACAGAUCAACAACAAGAUACACAAGAUCACAUCCAACAAAACACAGAAACUGAAGACGAUGAUGAAUACACUUCAAUUGUGGAUGGUAAUCAAGGUUACAUAACCACAACACCACGCACACCCGCCCCCGGCGACACCAACACUGAUUAUUAUAUCAAUGCUAAUGAAAUCUCUUCACAGGACAAUGAGCCAGGCGCAGAACGUACUGUAUUCACGACGCCUCAAACGCCUACCACGACUCUCUUGCACGUUUUCACGCUGACCGAGGGCGAGCAGACAAAUCGGCCACCAACAGCAAGUGCCAAUACAAUUGGUCGAUUUGUACCUGAGAGAGCACGUCCCAAGCACAAGGUGGUAGAGAUAAAUCGUAUUGUUGAAAUUACCUCGAAAGAAGACAAGCUACGUCGCAAAUCAAAGGCAAAUCAAGAGUUUCUCAAACCGAUUGGCGCAUCGAACGUAAAGGUCGAGUCCUUGCCCCAUGUAGAGCAGCUGGGCGAAAUCAGCGUUGUGAAAUUUGUUCAUCUGGUCGAUGGUAGUGACAUUUCCAUUGAUGGUCACAGCACGGUAACUGAUUACACGCCCACAGAGCCAACUGUCUCAAUACCGGUACGAAACUCUUUACCCGAUGGUGGGCCAUAUUAUGUGCCCCAAUACGCUUACUCUACGGAAAGUGCACAAGCGCGAACUACAUUGGAACAGCGGAAUGGUAAAGCACUGAUACCCGAAGUGAUACGCAGUGCAGUAGAGACUUCGACUAUUUCCUUGGAAGGUCUAUUCGAUAGUGAACGGAAAGGUAAAGAAUUAAAUUCUGUAAAUAGUGUGUACUACAUUUUCGGAUCAAACGACACAAUUUCAACUAGUACAGUUAGCGUAAACGAGAACGAAACUCAAAACUCAAAAGCCACAACUCUAAGUACAAGUACGAGUACGCCUUUACCGACUUUCUCGACAUUAUUAACGACCACUACUGAGAGUGCUUUGCCCCUAAUCCCAAUUAGUGAUAGCAUAAAUAACAUUCCUAACGAAGCAUUCCCAAAUUUAGAGUUCACAACGAUUGUAGGCAAUAACUUUGAUGAUGAAACCACAACUACCAUACCGAAUGUGUCAAACACAACCACUGAAGCAACUAUCACUCAAACUGAAUCUGUGAAUGAUGUUAGCAACAAUCUCUUGGAAACAACCACAUCUAAAACGGUAGCAACGGAUGAUCCAACAAGCGUCGAUACCGCGGUGAAGUCCAGCACAUACGUAAGACCUGUUGUACCACUACCCCUUUUACGCCCUGAAUCCAAUGAGUCCUCCCCCCUAAUCAUAACCAUAGCCAAUCUUGACAAAGUUAUACUCAGUAAAGUAGAUCGCACAAUUUCAGUCGAAAGUAAGUCGGCAACAAACACUGUCCCAUUCCCACAAACGACCACGCAACCCCAGUUAGCAGAACCCAGACCCACUGACUCGAGUGCAGAAUACUCAAGCCGUUUUGCCUCUGUAGUUGAGGCACCCACCAAUCUCAUACAGGAAACAGGUGCUACAACCCACCACAAGAGUAGCGAUGUAUCUAAGAAUGAAGUACAAAGUGUUGGUAGUAGUAAUGGCACUUCUGUAGACGAUGCUAGUGUUAGUGCGAGCAGUGCGAGUAGCAUAAGUAGUGGCAGCAUAGUAAAAGAAAUGGUAAGCUUUAGUACUGAAACGCACGUAGUGCGCAAGAAGAAAUCGCGUAAGCACAGGGCGCGAAGAAUGAGAAAAUCGAGAAAGCGCACCACGACAAUGUCACCAACUGACGCCCCAGCAGUGACAAUAACACCGAAAAUAGUCAACAACGAAGAGGAGUACCAAAGUAGUAGCAGCAGCACAAGCGUAACCGAGUCUUCGACAGCAAAGACGACGCCCAGAGUAAGGGUCGUGAAUAUUACGUAAAAAUGUAUGAGUACAGCUUUGAGCUUUAGUAUUUUAAGAGAUCAUUUUGCAAAUGAAACUUCGAUUACAUAUUUAGGCAUGAGUACAUAUAUUUGCAUAGCCAUACAGACAUAAGUAUGUACGCAUAUUGUACUAAGUAUUAGGUGCAUAUACUUAUCUAUACUUAUCUGAUGAAGAUUGUCAGGAAAAAAGAUAAUCGGGGAAAAAACGAUUUACUGUUAAUAUCAAGCGCUAAACAUUCGGUUUUUUUUCGCUUAAAAUACUCAUACAACUUAGUAGUUUAUAAAUUUCUAGUCUUACCGUUAUUUUGUCCAUACCCAUGGCUUAUCGUUUUAUAUGCUGAGGUGUUUCUUAUAUGUUAUUACAUAACUGUAAAUAAAUAUAAAAUAAACAUAUCUACGCCGAAAUAACUGAUUGCGUACGCUUCUCAACAUUCAGUGAAUUGAAUUCAAAGAAGCUCUAACGCAAAUUUUUUUCUCUUUCGCUUUCUCUUCUUGCUCACUGUCGCUCUCUUCUAGCCAACUCUUUUUGUUUAUCUUUUUAUACCCAAUGCAU